AUGAAAUUAGUAGCGUGUCUUCUUGCCUGUCUUUGGGUUAGCUUCUUCGGCUCAAGUGUGGCAUCUCCCAUCACCAAUUCAAAAGAUUCAAAAAAGGAUGAUAUCUUUGCAGUGGUGAAAGAUCUGCAAGGGGAAGUUGCCCAUCUCAAGACAACUAUCGACAACAUGGAAACCGACUUCAUGAAGAAGUUGGAGAAAAUGAAGAUUCUCCUUGAGUACAACAUUGAUGAUAUCAACCACCUGUACGAGAAGGCUGAUUUUGCAGAAUCCUCCAUUACGUCCCUCCAAGACAAUGCCAAAGCUGGAGAACUAGGGCUCCAGGGACAUCGUCACUUGGCUGAAACUCUGCAAGAUGUCAUCACCAAGACCGCCUGUAUUAGUGAUUCCAGUGAUGGAAGUAGUUUCAUGUUGGACCCAAUCUGUGAUAUCCAGCUCUAUGAGUGCUUUCAGAACCGUGAAGAGGUUGAAGCUGCGUUGAUUGACAUUCCCACUGCUGAGUCUAGGUAUGGGCCUUCAUACCACUGGUGCUUUGAUGAGAUGUCAUUUGAUGAACUGUUCAGCAAUUCUGAGCUGUCUUCUUUCAAUGAAAAUAUCGGAGGCUGGGAUGUCAGUAGGGUCACAAGCAUGCAGAAAAUGUUUUAUGGAGCAGAGACGUUCAACCAAGAUAUUUCUAAUUGGGAUGUGGGCAAUGUCAACAGCAUGCGGAUGAUGUUUUCAAUGGCCGUCUCCUUUGAUCAAGAUAUCUCAAGCUGGAACACUGGCAAAGUCCAAAGCAUGAGUCAGAUGUUCUCAAUUGCAUCAUCAUUUAACCAGAACAUUUCUAAUUGGGAUGUGACUCAAGUCACAAAUAUGGACCAGAUGUUCAAUUCGGCUUCAUCCUUCGAUCAAGACAUUUCUGGUUGGAAUGUCAGCCAAGUCACAAGUAUGUAUGAUUGUGAAGUGGAAGACACGUUGACAACUACACUUUGCGAUACUGAUGGAAGCACACCGGCAAAAGUGAACGGACUGGAGAACAUUGCUGAGGCUGAGCUAGACUAUGGUCCAAUCUACAACUGGUGCUUUCAUGAAAUGUCCUUUGAGCAGCUUUUUAGCACUCAACGAUAUGACAAUGCUGGCACCUUCAACUACGAUAUUGGUGGAUGGGAUGUUAGUCAAGUUGUGAGUUUUCAGAAUAUGUUUUAUGGUGCCUCAAUGUUUGACCAAGAUAUUUCAGGAUGGGACACCAGCAAGGUGACAAACCUUGCCAACAUGUUCUACCAUGCCAGCUCAUUCAAUCAAGAGCUAUCUGCCUGGGAUGUGAGCCAAGUGCAAGCGAUGGGAAACAUGUUUCGAGGAGCCACAUCUUUUGACCAGAAUAUUUCCGGCUGGGAUACAAGCAAUGUUCAAACUAUGCUCAACAUGUUCAAUGCAGCCAGUGUGUUCAACCAAGAUGUCUCGGGUUGGGAUGUGACCAGUGUUACGGAUGUUAAAGGCAUGUUCAACCGUGCCCGUAACUUCAAUCAAGACUUGUGUGCAUGGAAAUCAGACUUAUCUGUGGAUGCAUCUAGUUGGGGUGUGUUCCUUUAUACUGAUUGUCCCAUGGAUGUCACCCCUUCAAAUGAUGGCGAGGUUUGGACUGAUCUCUGCUACGCAUGCUAG